UAUCGUUCAGCCUUGAUGACCUGGUAUCUCUUAUUUUUUGCCCGUAUCCAGGUUAAGUACGAACAUUAAUGAUCAGUGCAUUAGGAUAUAUAUAUAUAGAAGCAUCAUUUACUACAACGCUAUAGGGGAUCUUAUUGCCGCUAUCUGAAGCACAAUGAGUGCCGAGUGGCUGCGAAACAUGGGCGGGGGGUCGCUGACGGACGAGGAGAUGCAGAAAGUCCCCUACCCAACGAUGGAGCUUACAACGCAUGUAAUCAUCAAGUCCAUGCAGUUUUACGGCAUUAUUGGCACGUGGAUUGUCGGGCCCCUUGCAGCAGCACGGAAGAAGGAAACGCGUAAUACUGCUUGCCUCAGAAUGAAAAUGGCGAAAUGUGGACGGGUUGGCGUGCUUCUGGGUGUACCUGGGGGGAUUUUAGCAACGUAUCUUACAAUCAGGAAAGAUGAGGAGUAUAAAGUAUGGGACCGCUGUUACCGGCUUCGACACAAUCGCGGACAGGUGCGUGUGGACCAGGCUUGCACAGUGACCACCUUGGGUGGCGCCGCCAUAGGGGCGGCCACCGGAGGAGGGGUCUGGUUCGGCGGCCUGAUGGGGAUGACGGCCGGCUUGUUAGGUGCCGCCAUAUAUAAUGGUAAACUCGCGGCCAAGCAGAAGGCUGAAGCCGAAGAAGCGAAAAAGAAUAGUUAAUGAAGAUAUUCCCAUGUUAGUGUCUACGGGGUAAAAGAACUAGUAUAUAAAGAGUCUGAUGGGACGACAACAACAAUAAAAGUUGGCACAGGUUAUACAGCUACGAGCAUAACAUGUGAUGUUAAAGGAACAGUAAACACCAACAGCAGAAUUAAAAAAAAAUAUUGUGAAACAAGUUAUUGCAACAUGUUAAUCGCUCUCCGAAGUUGUCACGAUUGUUACACGAAAGUGUGGUCUUUUGUUGAGAUAUAUUAAAUGUUUUAUAAAACUUA